AUGGCAUCUACUGACUAUGCUCACCACUUCACUGAGAAGAACAUUCCUUUCGGAAUAGCUUCAUCACAGUCUCAUAAGACUCCUCAAGCUGUGACCAGACUUGGAAAUACCGUGAUAUUCCUGAAUGAUCUCGUCGAAAAAUUCAAGGAUGUUGACGGCCUUCCUCAAGGUGUAUUCAGCGAGCAGACUCUGAACUCUUUUGCUGCUCUCCCCAAGUCCGUGCAUCAGAAUAUUCGAAAGCAAAUCCAACAAACCUAUCAGCAAGAUGGUCUCGAUGGGUUUCCUUCAGGAGGCAAAGAAGAAAUCAGUGCUGUGACGAUGCAUUUACCAGUAGAGAUCAAAGACUUUGCAGACUUCUCCUGCUCCCUUGACCACGUCAUAAACGCAGGCCGUAUAGUAGUCAACAACGGAACGCCACCACCCGGCUUCUUCAAGUUCCCAGUGGGAUACCAAGGCCGAACAGGCUCUAUCGUGGUUUCAGGAACGGAUAUUGAGCGUCCUUAUGGACAGUUCAAGAACCCUGCUGCCACUGAAGGCGAUGACCCUAUUAUUUAUGCGCCGUCUCAGAAGGUUGAUUACGAAGUCGAGCUUGCAGCUGUUGUUGGAAAGCCGUUGGGUAUGAGGGAGAGACUUCAUGCUAAGGAUGCUGAGGAGCACAUCUUUGGUUUUGUGAUUCUCAAUGAUUGGAGUGCUCGAGAUAUUCAAGGCUUUGAGAUGUUUCCUCUCGGCCCUUUCAACGGCAAGAGUCUAGGAACUUCCAUCUCUCCCUGGAUCAUCACCCUCGAUGCUCUAGAACCCUUCAGAACCAAGGCUCAAGAGCAGAAAGCUAUAUCAGCUUCAUACCUUCAGCAUCCUAACCCCUCAACGUUCUCUAUCACCUUGAAGGUCGACGUCUUGGCAAACAACGUCACCACAACACUUGGUGUCUGUCCAGUUGAGUCUCUGUACUGGACGCCUCAACAGAUGGUUGCGCACUCUGUUAGCUCGGGAAGUGCACUCAGGACCGGUGAUAUCCUGGCCACGGGGACUGUUUCUGGUUCUGAGGAGACAAGUCGGGGUUGUAUGCUUGAGAGUACAGAGGGUGGUAGCAAGCCUGUUACGUUGAGCGAUGGGUCGAAGAGGGGUUUUCUUGAGGAUGGUGAUGUUGUGAGGAUAACGGGGUCUGUCGGUGGUGAAGAGUCCGGGGUCGGAUUUGGUGAAUGUAUUGGCCAGCUUACUCCUGCUCGCCCUUACUGA